AUGCGCGGACCCGGGCGCCCGCUCCUCCUGGGGCUGCUGCUGGUCCUGGGGGCGGCGGGGCGCGGCCGGGGGGGCGCGGAGCCACGGGAGCCGGCGGACGGGCGCGCGCUGCUGCGGCUGGUGGCGGAGAUCGUCCAGGAGCUGCGGAGGCACCACGCGGCGGAGCUCAAGGGCCUGCAGCUCCUCGAGCGGGACUGCGCCCUGGGCCGCGCGGAGGCGGCGGGGCUGGGGCCUGCGCCCGAGCAGCGAGUAGAAAUUGUUCCUCGAGAUCUGAGGAUGAAAGACAAGUUUCUAAAACACCUUACAGGUCCUCUUUAUUUUAGUCCAAAGUGCAGCAAACACUUCCAUAGACUUUAUCACAACACCAGAGACUGCACCAUUCCUGCAUACUAUAAAAGAUGUGCCAGGCUUCUUACCCGGCUGGCUGUCAGUCCAGUGUGCAUGGAGGAUAAGGUAAGCUUGGACACGCACUGGAGCACACACCAAAGGGAAUCCCGCUUGGGACAUGAAAAAUUCAUGGGAGUUUAGGAACAUGUGUUCUUUGGCUGAGGUAGCUGUAUUCUACACAGAGUUGGCACAGCACUCUUACUAUCUCAGUGCUGAAAGCCGCCCUACUGGCUUGUCUACAGUGCCCAGGCAGCUGCUGUUAACUGUUCACUGUACGACACACAGGCACCAGGCAGGUCCUGCUCUACCCAGUUUCAGCAUGUGAGUACAUAAGCCAGAAACAGACUAAAACUGCACUAUUCACUUCAAGGCACGCAUUCAUUCAGUAACGCAAGUGAAGAUGACCAACAUUAUCCAUGCAGAUUCUCACAUCUGGUAAAUGUUUGAGUUGGAAUCUAUCAUUAUGACAAUAAGCUCACAAAGAACAGCUAUCCUCUUUAAAGGUUUCUAUCAACUUUUUUUUCAUAGCCUCUAAUAAGUAAAAAUGUAAAUGCAUAUCAUAUUAACUACACUUUGCACCUGGGCCCUUCAAGGGCUGAUAGGCAACAUAUAAGACCCAUCAGUGGAUGUUUUGAAGGGUAAGGUUUUAUUUCCCUGACGUAAAUGCCACAGAAUUCAGUCACUUUAGACAGCAGGAUGAAACUGUAAUUUCACCAACUUUAUACGUACUGCGUGUCUUGUAUGUGCAGGCACUGCCAGAUGCUGGCUACACCGGCACAACUAAGGUAGGCCUCCUGCCCAUUGAUGGCUGUCCAGCACAUUCAUGAAAAGGGAGUAUUUUUCUAGUGGUUUCUCUAGUACGUCUCAUGUAAAACGGAUGAGGGUAGGGGAGUGCUCUUUCCUAUACAGAUGUGAUCUCUAAGGAGAGGCAGCGCUUAUGAAUAUUUAGGCGGCAGCAGCAGAAGGGUUGGGUGUGUGGCCCCUGCCCCGGCAGGAGACAGCGCGGGUCCUGCCCAUGUGUCCUCCACUCCGUCUUUCCUAGCAGAAGCAACUGCUGCUAGUGAGAGGAGUGGCACUGGGCAACGGAGGCCAGUGAGCAAUGGCGGCUGAGGCUGCGCUUUUUCUUUGGCGGUGGUGAAGGCAUGGAGCUGAGAAGUGCUGUGGUCACGCCCCGCGCCCUGCCCUUCCGGUCCUCUCAAGCUUCUCCUCCUCCUGUGUGUCGCAGAUACUUUUUCUGUAUAAAUCAGUGAAUAGAUGUAUGUUCCUGGCACCCCAGGUGAUACACCAGAAAUGAGAAUGUUAGUUUUUUACAUAUUUCUUUAUAAUUAAAUCACACUGCUCCCAGAGAUGAGCCAGGGAUGUCCUUGGAAA